AUGAACAACGAUGUUCUGUACGAGGUGGUCAAAUACCUGGACUUCCCUGUGAGGAACAAGAAAGUGGCAGACGCCCAGACAAGCAGGACUAACGCCAGAAGAAUGAUGAGACUGAACAGAAGUCUUCUUGAGAAAAGGCUAUCAAGCCGCCCACAGAUAAACGACCUCAGGACAUCCAACAUAUAUAGAGAGCAUGGAAUAAACUUUGGGAAAAUACACAGGGAGCUGUCGGAUGUCUUUUGCCGGAGAGGCACUCCUCCGUUCCCGAACAUAUCUUCAGCCCUGGCACGGACAGUGAAGAUAAUGGACUUCAAGCUGAGAAAGAUAGUUCUUGCAUCAAGAAUGGGUAGUAAGAAAUAG